AAAAAAUUCAAAAUGGAGAAAAAUAAUUUGCUCUGAAAUCUUUUAAUUUAUACUCUGGUAUUUUUUUAACGUUUUUCGCCAGAUUUUGUCACAAUUGGCAAAAAUCAAUUCACCAUGUUCAGCAGACAAAAUACUGAACAAAGUGGCCCUGGAUUUGUUGGAAUAAAGUUCUGCCAAGAAUGGUAUUAAAACUUUCAAAUUUUUCAUCCAUAUUUUUGUCUUCAUAUUUUUGUCUUCAUAUUGAGAAUGAACUAAAUUGAAAGUUCUCAUUAUUGUUUGAUUUAAUACUUUUCUAGUAAUAACAUGCUUUACCCAAAAGAGGAUAAGGAUAGCAAGAUUUUACUUUAUGCUGUAAGUUUGCCUUUACAUGUAAAUCUUAAUCUGGACUGAAAAUGCAUACCCUAUAUACUAAUUACUAAUAUGACAUUUUAUCAAUAUAAAGAAGUGAUUUUGACACCGAAUAAGUAAACAUAAUAUUAGAAAAACAUUCAAACUUUAUCUUAUACAGUGAUUUUUUCGCUUAUAACUAACGUUUCACUCCGGGCAUUCUUUCUUGACUCUCGGGCAUUUGUGAAAUCUCUCUGCAUGGACGUUCUUUUAUAGUAGGACCCCAGCUGACGGCUAUUAUUCUGUUAAAAACAGCAGAGCUUUAAUAAACUCUCAUGGUUUAUAAUACCUGUGAGUCUCCAGGUUUUUUGGGCUGAUCGAACUCCAGGUUUCAUGGCUGGAUUUACAAAUCUCACGGUUUUUGAGGGAAAUUAUUUUUAAUAUUGAUUAAUUAUUUCUGCAUCUUUGAAUGCAAGAAUUACAUUGCACAUACAUUAACAGGUUCAACAUGACUCAUACUAAAAUAUUAUAAGUCCAACUUUUCACAUUUCCCUAUAUUCGUGUUGGAAGAAUAGUGUUUACACAUGGUUUUCGGAAAAACUACGUACAGCAUAAAGCCCUGUUUAAACGGAUCCAACAUUGUUGGGCCAACAUCAUCCAACAUUGUUGAAAUAAUGGCUCAAACGGCUUCUUUUUCAAAUAUUUUGUCAAGACUAGGUUUAGAGUUUGAGUAAAGCUUAUCUAACCAAAAAGAUUUGAAAGAGAAGCAGUCAUAUCUAGUAUAGUAACAUUGUUGGAUGAUGUUGGUCCAACAAUGUUGGAUCCGUUUAAACAGGCCUUAAGAUUUAUGACUGCAUGUUUUUUUUAUUCAUUUCCAAUUCUAAAAUUUAUAAUAUUAUUCACAAACCAUUUUGUAAACUAGGCAUGCAGUUGGCUUUUUUUAAAUUCAUGGACCAAUCAGAUGCUUUGUUUAUAAACUGUCUUGUGAAUUUCAAUAUUAAUUUUGUUUGGAACAGAGUUUGGAACAAUUGACUGCAAUAAGUUCAUGCAUUCAGAAUCCGAAUCUCACAUGUGAUUGGUUAAUUGUAGUAAAAACGUGUCAAACCUGUUUGGGAAAUAAACAUGUAUUACAGUUGUGUGAAAUUUUUUAAAUAUAUCUUUGUUUUAGUGUCGUAAUUGUGAUUACCAAGAAAGAGCUGACAACAGUUGCAUUUAUGUGAACAAAAUUAUGCAUGAAGUAAAGUAUGUACAUGAAAGAAAUCCUUUCAAAUUUUGUAUAAAUCUGGAACAUGGAACCAUGCAGUUUAUCCAUGCAUGAUAAUCUUCAGAUUGUGUUGUGUUCUGACAUUGUAUAAUUGUUAUUUACUAUAAUUGUUUCUUUCUAGUGAGUUGACCCAAAUCGUAGCAGAUGUAAUAGCUGAUCCAACUUUGCCGAGAACACAUGAGCAUCAGUGCCCCAGGUAUAAUAAACACUCCUAAAGCUAGCAGUUCUAAUUUUCACCAAUGAUCACCAGAGGUUAAAAAAUAGGCAUGCAGACAUAUGAUUGUAUGUUGAAAAAUGCUUGGCAUGCACUAAGUAUCUAAAGAAAAGUACAGUAAUGCACACUUGACCAUUGAGUGGCAGCACUCUCCCCCUGACGAGUAAAAUCACCUGGCAUUGGACAGAGUAAAAUAAUAAAGUAGGGUGCAUCUGGGUGCAUAUAAUAUAUAUGUCAAAAUCAAUGAAACCUAUGAUCUUCAUACAACUGACUCCUGAAAUGUUUUUUUUUAUUUAUAUGUUUGUUGUAAAUGUAAUUCAAGUGACCUUAAUAAAUUUCAAUAACAUAAAAAUGCAAGUGUUGUUAUCAACUGAAAUGUAUUAUAUGAAGUUUCCUGACUGUUUAGAUGCGGUUAUGGUGAGGCUGUUUUCUUUCAAUCUCAAUCAAGUAAAGCCGAUGUAAGAUUUCUUUUACAUAUUUCGUAUUUUGUUUACCUGUACAGUAUGUAUAUUUAAAAGCAUUCUUUUUUGCUUUCGCAUAAUUCUCAAUGGUGUUUAACAUGGAAGAACUUUUAAAAUUUUACUGUUUGACAGGUUGGGUUAGGAGUUGUCUAAAAAUUCCCCAACUCUUUUCCAGCUAGAAAUCGUUAUCUCCUCCCCCCCCCCCCCCCAAAAAAAAAUUUCUGUGUUAUAAAAUUGUUGAUUUUUUCAAUGUACAGUACAGUGUAACUGUAAUGUCAGGCGAAAGCAUACAGUACUUUUGCACAUAGCAAGCCACAUUAUAGCUUUCCAAAUAACGUAUACGUCUUGAACCAAGGUGUUUUACAACCUAUUUUCAUAUCAAAAUUAAAGUCAUUUUGUUUGUGUUUUAGUCUUGUCCAACUCUUACUUACUCUAUAAACAUAGUUGAGGGCCCCCUAUACUUUUUGCGUGAAGCGUGAAGGGCUUAUUUUACUUAGCCGUGAAACGUGAUCGGGCCCCCUAAACUUUUUGCGUGAAGCGUGAAGGGCUUAUUUUACUUAGCCGUGAAACGUGAUCGAUGAUUUUCUUAAUCCGUGACUCGUGAAAAGGCAAAAUAUUUUUACGUGAAAGCAUAUUGUGAAGAGGUAUAGGGGGCCCUCAUAGUUGGUUAUUAUAAAUUAUAACAAAAAAUGACUCUAUACCCCCGAAGCCCACCUGAAUAAAUGCCUGCUCGGAGGCUAAUUCAUAUAUAGAGAAAAGUGUCAAUUUAUUUUUCAUUCAAUUUUCUUCUAUUCAUAGCAAAUGAAAUUAUACUAUGUCUGUACUCAAGUGGACUGUGGUUAUCGUUGGACUGAGUAAAGAAGACAAAUGCUUUCACAGUAAAGAACAACUAGUUGAAGUCCUGGUCAAACGAGGAUGUGAGCAGGGCUGUACACAGCAUGUUUUUUACCAAGGGGUGCAGUAAACCUAUAUGCUGAAAUGUGUACCUAAAUGUCAAUGCAUUCUCAUCAUCAGUUACAUACAUGUUUAUGGCUGCACUAUACUUUCUGAAUCACAACAUUAUAAGCGCCAUUUGGUUUAAAGUGCGAUUAGGCCCAAAUAUAAUUUUUGGUAUGUGUAAUAUUUGGGUCAUUCUAAGAAGAAAUGUAACGUAUCUUUAUAGUAAAAAACCUCAUCUUGAUCGAAAUUUUCACCGUCAAAGUUUCCGGAUGAUAUCAUUAGGUGAAUUUUUGGUACAAAAAACAAAGGAAAAUUUGCAAUUCACCGGCUAAUGACAUCAAAUUUGCAAUUCACCGGCUAAUGACAUCAAAUUUGCAAUUCACCUAAUGACAUCAUUUCCGGAAAUUUUGAUAGUGAAAAAGUUGAUCAAGAUGGGAUUUCUUAUUAUAAAGAUUUAUUACGUUUCUUCUUCGAAUGGCCCAACCUAUUACACAUGUCAAAAAUCAUAUUUAGGGUUAGUCGCAGUAAUAUUUUGCCCCUGUGCCAUCCCGCUGUGUACGGCCCUGGAUAGGAGUGGAUGAGAUUUGGCGAUCAAACGAGAGCGAGAGUUUCAUCUGUGAACCGUCGGCAACUCUCUCCUCGUUUGACCAGGGGUCAGUUGUUCAAAGCUCGGUUAGCGUUAUAUCUGCCUUUUAGGGGCUGUUUAUAUGGUCCCGCUUACCCGAGAUUCAAUGAAGUGUGACGUAUUUUGAGCAAUUGUAAGCAAUUCCAUGAUCUAACAAAAUUGCUUGUUACAAUUAGUUGUGUGAAAUUCCAUGUUUUAGACAAAAAAAACAAAUGUUGUUGAAUGCUAUUAAUUGUCUUCCACUACAUAACUUCUAGCGCGUUCCUAAUUUCGUUUAAACAAUAUCUAAAGUUAUCUAACGUUUGUUUAGGGCUGAAACACGUAUUUCAAUUGCUCAAAAUACGUCACACUUCAGUGAAUCGCGGGUAAGCGGGUCAUAUAAACAUCCCCUUAAACAGUUGUUUUCAUUUUGUGUCAUGUAUUUCCAUACGUCCCUUUCUUUUACAGUAAAACUUCAUGACUCGUUUAAAUGAUCCACACAAUUGUUAAUAAAUUAUGGAAAAUAGCUACCUUUUCAAGUUUCAUCAACUCAAAUAAAAUUUAUUUCACCAGGGCAGUGACGUCAGUUCAGAAGAACUGGUAUCAAUGUGAGCCCUGAACAACUUUAUGAACAAGUUGUUGCGGGAAAUGGACCAUUUGCAUUAUAGACUAAAUUUUGAUCUUGACAAAAAUUUCAUCACAGCUUGAAAGAGCAUCACAAAAUUAGUAAUAUUCCAAAGUUUCGUUGCAAAAUGUUGUCAAAUGCGGAUAAUAUAGCCUUGCGAAGUUUGCAAUUUUCAGUCAUUUUAGAUUACAAACGGGAAAUGGUUACCACUUCUGUGCGUAAUACAAAAUGACUGAAAAUUGCAAAUUUCGCAAGGCUACAUUAUCCGCAUUUUACAACAUUUCGCAACGAAACUUUGGAAUAUUACUAAUUUUGUGAUGCUCUUUUAAGCUGUGAUGAAAUUUUUGUCUAGAUCAAAAUUUAGUCUAUAAUGCAAAUGUCCAUUCGCUUGGUCUUGGAAGUUUUUAACCCAAGAUUAAGCUAACCAGCUCUUUGGCCCCAGGACUUCAGGCUACAGCUCUCGUAAGCAUACCGUACCACUCCCAAAGCUUUAAAGAAAUUCCACAAUCACAUGUUCAGGAGCAAUCUUUCGUAUUCCUCAGUUAGACAUCCAAUUUUUAUUCGGUGACAGAUGGAAUGUUCGGUCGAGUUGAACGGAACAUUCCAUCUUUCACGAAGUGAAAAUAUUUUUAUCAUGACACGAAUGAAGACAUUCAUUAUAUUGUUUUAUAUAACACAAGGUAACCCAUGCAUUGUUUUUUAAUGAUUAUAAGUCAAUAAUCCAAUAAAAUUUAUAGAGGCUUAGGGAUAAUCCGUUGCCGGAAGCCAGGAAUUCCUGGUAUUCCAUAUCAACGACCAAUCAGAUUCCUCCCUGAAACGGAUUAUGGGAUUAUCCCAGAGCCUCCCGUUCCUUCCCGAGGAUCGCAGGCUCGGGGAACGAGAUUGGAUUGAUACACCCCCAACAACCUCGUUCCCAGGCAACCCCUUCGGUUCCUGGAUUGAUACACCCCCAACAACCUCGUUCCCAGGCCACCCCAGUCACUGACCUUACCCAGCCGAUCUUAGUACGCCUUAGUACGCCUAUUACGCGUUUCUGCAUAUUAAUGUCUUGACCACCCAACCAUAAGAUUUACCAUUCACAGCGUCGACGCCUGUUCGCAGGUUAGGUUUAUUGCAUAUGGUUUCAGUUUUUGAUCAAGUAUUCAAGUUAUUAUAAAAGAAAAAAAUCAA